AUGGCCCCUGUGGUCUUCGCCGGGCUCUUUGUCACCCUCUACGCCUUCAAAUCUCUGUCUAUGGUGGUGUUCCAGAACUCCCUGAUUUACAUGAGGAGUGUGCCACCAGGCGCUCGACAGGAGACAAUUGAGAUGUACGCAUCCGAAUGCCGUCCAAUAAAGUGGGAGGAAGUGCAGUUCAAGACAAGGGAUGGGAAGACGCUUGCAGCUUGUGUUGGGGAGCCGGAAAAAGAUAGGAAAUUGCCUAAGGCUUUGUUGGUGUCUUACAGAAACGCCGGCUCAGCACCCGCCCGACUCCCCUUCCUGUCACAGAUCAUCACUUCGACAAAACACGUCGACCUAACCAUCUUCGCGCCCUCAUACCGCGGAUACUGGUAUUCCACCGGCCGACCCUCCGAAGCUGGCCUCCGAGAAGACGCCCGAGCUUCCCUCCAAUACGCAAGGGAACGAUGGUCCGGAUCCGACAUCAACAGUAUGUUCAUCUGGGGUCACAGUGUCGGUGCCGCAGUCGCCGCCCACGCAACAGCCAUGGACACCUCCCCGUCAACACCAACAUCACCCAAGGCUGAAGGGAGAGAGCUGGAGUUGAAAGGUGUGAUCCUCGAAACUCCCUUCACCGACAUACCAGACAUGCUCCGCACGCUCUACCCCCAGAAAUGGCUACCUUACAAGCAUCUCGUGCCCUUCCUCCGCUCGUCCUGGAACAACCGCGCUGCGGUCCAGCGACUCGGUCAGAAUGCCCCGAACUUCCCGUUGUUGAUUGUGGAAGCGGGACGAGAUGAGAUCGUGCCAACCGGGAUGGCGGAGGAGCUCGAGGAGAUUGCGAAAAAGGCUGGAGUGAAGGUUGAGCGAGUAGUUAGCAAGAAGGGAUUGCACAUGGAUGUUGCCAUGAAAGGGGAGUUCAGGGACUGGAUAGGGAAAUUCAUGAGGCACUGUAUCAACGACAAAACAGAUACAGACAAACUGAAUUGA